AUGCCUAAGCGUGGUGGAAGAAUAAGGACUUGGAAACCUAAUGAACAUUUUGAACAUGACGACCGUACCCACAGUAACACCACUAGACGAGUUAGCUUCAAACCUGGCACUAACAAAGGAAAAAACAGAUUUCGUACUUGGAAUGAUGCAUCACAGCUUCUGCUCGAUGGGGAUAUUGAUAUGGGAGCAACGGGUGGGCCAGGUGUUAAUAGAAAAGGAUUUAGAAAUAGAGGAGGUCGUCUUAGCUCUCCAGCACCAAGACCUGUGUCGAAAAGAAGAUUUAUACCUGGACCUUUACCGUGGUAUCAAAUAGUAAUACCAUAUGGCGCUAAACAUGACAAACAAGUUGUUUUGCAAGCUCUUCUAGGCUUUUUAUCGCCAGAAGUAUUUAUACCUCAUUACUAUAAAAUAAAUGGCAAUGCAGCUGUAUUUUAUGUGGAUGAUGUUAAAGUAGCAGAACAACUAUUUUAUGCCGAUAGGAAAAUAGUUAUGUCAGAUGGGUUUAAAUUGGUGGUAAUUGUAAGGAAUUCAGUACCAAAUGUGGCUGUUGACGCAAGCAUGAAGGAGAAAAUGAAACUAGCAAUGGCUAAAAGAUAUAAUGCAACAACAAAAGCAUUAGAUUUAACAAAGUUUCAUGCUGACCCAGAACUUACUGACAUAUUCUGUGCCUUAUUUCGUCCGAUAAUCAUGCUAGCAGCAAUUGAUAUAAUAGCAGAAAAUAUUCCUGACUUGGAAGCUUUGAAUUUGAAUGAUAACAAGUUACAUGGAAUAGAACACUUGAAAAUAUUAUGCAGCAAGUUUAAGAACCUAAAAAUUUUGUAUUUGGGAGACAAUAGGAUACCAUUCUUAGGUUCACUGGACCCAUUGAAACCACUACCACUGGUGGAGCUUUACCUCAAAGGAAAUCCAUUGAUGAAAAAAUUUAACGACCAUGAUAUUUAUGUCAGCGACGUGCGGAAGAAAUUUCCCAAAUUGGCGAGAUUGGACGGCGCGGACCUACCUCCAGCGAUAGGAUUCGACGUGUCAGAAGAUUUACAGUUACCACCAAGUCAGCAAUCAUUCCUAAUAGAUCCAGCUGGCCAGAACUUGGUCAGGGAUUUCUUAACUCAAUACUUCGCAAUAUACGACUCUGAGUCCCGGCAACCAUUGCUGGAAGCCUACCAUGAAACCGCUACCAUGUCCAUGGCAGCGAAUUACUUGACCAACGAUGGUAGAAACUCGCCUACUACUAGACUGAACGCGUAUAUUUCAAAUAGUCGAAAUAUUGCGAGGAUAACUGAAAGAGAAUCUCGCAGAAGAUAUUUGCGUACAGGAAGGCUACAAGUUGUAUCAUUCCUCUCAGACUUGCCGAAGACUAAACAUGACUUGAUGGGUUUUGCCGUUGACUUACUUGUUUUUACGCCUGCAAUGAUAGUUCUCACAAUGAAUGGAGUUUUCAAAGAAACAGUGACAGCUGGCAACCCUACGCGAUCAUUCCACAGAACAUUCGUCAUAGUGCCCAACAGUGUGGGUGGCUUCUCUAUUACAAAUGACAUGCUUUUUAUCACCAACACAACUAGGGAACAGGAAGACAAGUCGUUUUCUUCACAAGAUGGUGUGGCGAACCCCACGCCCACGCCCACGCCCACCCCCGCGCCGGCCCCACUCCACGACGACAACCAGCGCGCUAUGCUCGCCAUGCUGUCUCAGCAGACCGGCAUGAAUGACCAUUGGACUGUGAAUUGCUUGCAAGAAACUGGUUGGGAUUAUCAACGAGCGUUAUUCAUCUUUAACCAACUUCAGUCAGAAGGAAAAAUACCCCCAGAAGCCUUUGUGAAG